AUGAUUUCCCACAUGUCGGUGGCGCUAUAUUUUACACAACUAAAGGUGGUCCACCAACAUUAUAAGAUAUGCUUACACAAAAAUUUAUUACUAAUGGCAGAUGCAAAGCAACAAGUUCAUAUUAUUCUAGUGCAUGGCGCCUGCCACGGGGCAUGGUGUUGGUACAAGCUGAAGCCGCUGCUCGAGGAGGCCGGCCACCGCGUGACGGCCCUUGACCUCGCCGCCGCCGGAAUUGACAGGAGAAGUCUGGAGGAGCUCCACACAUUUGCCGACUACUCGCAACCGCUACUGGAGCUGAUGGCCUCAAUUCCGCCGGAGGAGAAGGUGGUUCUGGUCGGACACAGUCUCGGUGGAAUGAAUCUGGCCUUUGCCAUGGACAUGUACCCUGAGAAGAUUAAGGUUGCUGUUUUCAUAGCAGCAGCGAUGCCUGAUUCCAUACAUAAACCAUCCUACGUUUUGGACCAGUCCGUGGGGAUGAAGUCAGCAGAAGAUUGGGUAGACACUAAGUUCAUACCCUUCAGUUCUUCGGAGGAGAAUCUAACUUCAGUGCACUUGGGACCCAAUUUCAUUUCCUCCAAACUCUACAAUCUAUGUUCUCCCGAGGAUGUGGCAUUAGCAAAUAUGUUGGUAAGGCCAUGCUGUCUAUUUCUUCAAGAUUUGUCGAGUAAGAGUGCAUUCUCAAAAGAAGGGUUUGGGUCAGUGAAGAGGGUUUUCAUAGUGUGUCCGGAGGAUAAGACCAUCCCCCUAAAUUUCCAGCGCUGGCAAAUUGAAACCAUUGGAGCGGACCAAGUCAAAGAAAUAGAGAAUGCAGAUCACAUGCCGAUGUUCUCAAAGCCACGAGAGCUCUGCCACUCUCUACUUGAGAUUGCAAAUUACUAUGUUUAAUUUAAGUCCUACGUACUAAAAUUGCUUUUGAUAGUUGAUUUCCAGUAUGGAUUACGAUGUGUAUGGCAAUUGAAUGCUUCGUGCAACUCAUGAAGGACUGUCUGUUUGUGGUAAUAAAAUAGACAUUUCACUUUCUGAAGCA